UCUUCACUCACUCCACAGCCCACGGGUUUCUGCACUUACGUUUUAAAGUCUUUGACUUUAACUCUUGCACUAAUGAGCACUCCACCACUUCCCGGAAAACUGGCGAUGGUUGCGGUCGGGCUAUUGGAUUGUGGGAGGCAUCACAUUAACUGCUGCAACCCAGCCUCUCCACCCACAGACACCCUCCCGGCAGGUCCGUGGCUGGAGCUUCGAGAUAUUCCAAUGUUAGACUGAUGCGGCAGCGAGCGGCGGGGCUCAGCCACAUUCGUGGAAGGAGAGACGCGGCGUCCCCGCAAUAACUCGGUCAGCACAGCGCCAGAUCCCAGGCUGAGAUUGGUGGUGCCCCCAACCCCCCCGCCCCGAGAGUGGCCCUGGACCAGCGGGUGGACUGAUGCCGGACUGCGGACCAGUGUAACGGCACAGCUGACUUGGACUUGAAGAGGAUAUUGUCUGUUUGCAUUCUCCACUCCAGGAUAAGGGAUUUCUGUCAACAAGAUGGCUUUCUGGGCAUUACUUCAUCCAGAUUUAUGCCUGCUCUUGAUACUGUCCAGCAGACUGGUGUCCACAGGAGAGAAGCUAGGAAAAGAAUGCGUGAAAGAGAUAAUGAGAACUGCACCAUUGAUUGACGGCCACAAUGAUUUAGCGCUACAGCUAAGAAGAUACUUUAACAACAACCUGACUGCAGUUGAUUUGAAUACUCUGACCAAGACCCGUACAAAUCUUAACAAACUGAAAGAAGGAAAUGUGGGAGCUCAGUUGUGGUCUGCAUACGUACUAUGCUCCUCCCAGAAUAAGGAUGCGGUUCGCUUAACCAUGGAACAAAUAGAUGUCAUCAAGCGGAUGUGCAGGAAGUAUCCAGAAUUUGAGUUUGUCACAUCUUCAAAAGCCUUGAACAACACUGAAAAAAUAGCUUGUCUGAUCAGUAUUGAAGGAGGACACUCAAUUGACAGCAGUUUGGCAGCCCUAAGAAUGUUUUAUGAACUCGGAGUACGUUCUAUGUCUUUGACCCACAAUUGCCACACACCAUGGGCGAAAAGUGCAGUAAUUAGUCGUUCUAACAUUUAUGACAUAAAUACGAGCUUAACACAGUUUGGUCAGGAGGUUGUUUUUGAGAUGAAUCGGCUGGGGAUGAUAAUAGAUCUGUCACACACUGCCACUGACACGGCAGAAGUGGUCCUAAGGAUCUCCAAGGCUCCGGUCAUAUUCAGUCAUUCAUCAGCCUAUGCUAUCUGCAAACAUCCCAGGAAUGUUCCAGAUAAACUUCUUCACUUGAUUAGAGAGAAAGAAGGCUUGGUGAUGGUGAACUUUUACCCUGGUUUUGUGGCCUGUCAGGAGUGGGCAAACAUUUCUCAAGUUGCAGAUCAUUUCGACCACAUCAAGAAGAUCGCUGGAUAUGAGUCGGUUGGAAUAGGGGGGGACUAUGAAGGCGCCUCUGGAUUUCCUCAAGGUCUGGAAGAUGUGUCAAAAUAUCCUGCACUAAUUGAGGAAUUGCUGAAGCGGAACUGGUUGGAAAAAGAAUUAAAAGCUGUAUUGCGAAACAACUUUCUCCGUGUUUUUCGCAGAGUUGAAGAGGUCAAAGAGGAUCUGAAGAAUUUGCCACCCAGUGAAAAGGAUAUCCCCUACCAGGAAGUUAAGAAUCCUUGUCGCUUGAAUCUCAAGAAUCCUUUCCCAUCUAACAAUGGGUCACAAAGCAAAACAGUGCAUAUUACUUUCGCUGUCAUAUCUACCAUUAUUACUGCCAUCAUUUGGACUAUCUGAACUGAACAGUGAAUCCAGUCAAAAGUUCUUGGCAACAAAGCACUUGCAAAUGUUUCUGUGGAGGAGUGAGCUGGGUAAAAACUUGUAUAACAGCCUGUACGGUCAGCAGUAAGGUAGACAGGAAUAAAUCAGUCCCUAACUAAACUAGAUGCCUUAAAUUCGUUUAUUUCUAAUUUCCGCAACAAGAUGAGAUUUACUUAAAAACUCAGCAAAUCACUUCCUUUUACUUUGUGGUGGAUGUUUACAUUGCUGUGGUGUUAAUGGAUAAACAAAGUCGGAAAAUCAAAAAAAUGCAGAUGCUGGAAGGAAAAUAGAAAAAGAAAAUGCUGAAAACACUCUGCAGGCCAGGAGGCAUCUCUGGAAAGAGUAACUCCUUGACCUUUACCGUAGUUUUGGAGAGUGAUAGGUACAGACGAUAUGGGAAAGUAUUUAAUUGGGGGAGGGAGAAUUAUGAUGCGAUUAGGCAGGAACUUGGGAGCAUAAAUUGGGAACAGAUGUUCUUGGGGAAGUGCACAGCAGAAAGGUGGAGGCUGUUUAAAGAAUACUUGCAUGGGGUUCUGGAUAGGUUUGUCCCAUUGGGGCAGGGUAAGGAUGGCAGAGUGAAGGAACCGUGGUUUGCAAGAGACAUAGAAUAUCUUGUCAAGAGGAAGAAAGAAGCUUAGAAGGUUUAUAAGGUUUAGAAAGCAUGGAUCAGACAGGGCUCUGGAGAGUUACAAGGUAGCCAGGAUGCAGCUUAAGAAUGGAUUUAGGAGAGCUAGAAGGGGGCAUGAGAAGGCCUUGGCGAGUAGGAUUAAGGAAAAUCCCAAGGUGUUCUACACGUAUGUGAAGAAGAGGAGGAUGACUAGAGUGAGGGUAGGACUGAUCAUGGACAAAAGAGGAAACAUGCCUGGAGUCAGAAGAGGUUGGGGAGGUCCUUAAUGAAUACUUUGCUUCAAUAUUCACCAGUGAGAGAGACCUUGACGUUUGUGAGGAUGGCAUACUACAGGCUGAUACGCUUGGGCAUGUCGACGUGAGAGAAGAGGCUGUGCUGGAACUUUUGAAAAACAUUAGGAUAGAUAAGUCACCAGGGCCGGAUGAGAUAUAUCCAAGGUUAUUACGGGAUGCAAGGGGAGAGGUUGCUGCGCCUUUGGCAAUGAUCUUUAUGUCCUCACUGGCUACAGAAGUAGUGCCAGAUGAUUGGAGGGUGGCAAAUGUUGUUCCUUUGCUUAAGAAAGGGAGUAGGGAUAACCCUGGGAAUUACAGGCCAGUGAGUCUUACUUCAGUUGUGGGCAAAUUACUGGAGAAGAUUCUUAGAGACAGGAUUUAUGGGCAUUUGGAGAAGCAUAGGCUGAUUAGGGAUAGUCAGCAUGGCGUUGUGAGGAGUAGGUCACAAGCCUGAUUGAAUUCUUUGAGGAUGCAACAAAGCAUAUUGAUGAAGGUAGAGCAGUGGAUGUGGUGUAUAUGGAUUUUAAUAAGGCAUUUGAUAAGUUUCCUCAUGGAAGGCUCAUUCAGGAAGUCAGGAGGCAUGGGAUCCAGGGAAACUUGGCUGUGUGGAUUCAGAAUUGGCUCACCCACAGAAGACAGAGGGUGGUGGUGGAUGGAACGUAUUUUGUCUGGAGGUCAGUGACCAGUGGUGUUCCGCAGGGAUCUGUUCUGGGACCCCUGCUCUUUGUGAUUUUUGUAAAUGACUUGGAUGAGGAUGUGGAAGGGUGGGUUAGUAAGUUUGCUGAUGACAUGUAGUUUGUAGUGUAGAAGGUUGUUGUAGAUUUCAACAGGACAUUGAUAGGAUCCAGACCUGGGCUGAGAAGUGGCAGAUAGAGUUCAACACAGCAAAGUGUGAAGUGAUACACUUUGGAAGAUCGAAUUUGAAGGCAGAAUACAAGGUUAAUGGCAGGACUCUUAGCAGUGUGGAGGAACAGAGGGAUCUUGGGGUCCAAGUCCAUAGAUCCCUCAAGGUUGCCACGCAGGUUGAUAGAGUUGUUAAGAAGGCGUAUGGUGUAUUGGUCUUCAUUAGUCAGAGUACUGAGUUCAAGAGCCACAAGGUAAUGUUGCAGCUCUAUAGAACUCUGGUUAGACCACACAGAGUAUUAUGUUUAGUUCUGGUCACGUCAUUAUAGGAAGGAUGUGGAAGCUUUUGGGAGGGUGCAGAGGAGAUUUACCAGGAUGCUGACUGGAUUGGAGAUCAUGUCUUAUGAGGAUAGGUUGGGUAGCUAGGGCUUUUCUCUUUGGAGAGGAGGAGGAUGAGAAGUGACUUGAUAGAGGUGUACAAGAUGAUAAGAGGCAUAGAUUGAGUGGACAGUCAGAGAUUUUUUCCUAGGGCGAAAAUGGUUAACACGAGGGGACAUAAUUUUAAGGUGAUUGGAGGAUGUCAGAGAUAAGGUUUAUAUAUAUGCGUAGAACGCACUGCUGGCAGAGGUUGUGGGGGCAGCUACAUUAGGGACAUAUAAGAGACUUUUAGAUAGACACAUGAAUGAUAGAAAAAUAGGGGGCUAUGUGGGAGGGAAGGGUUAGGUAGAUAUUAGAGCAGGAUAAAAUGUCGGCACAAUGUCGUGGGCCGAAGGGACUGUACUGUGCUGUAACGUUCUAUGUUAAGGUUUAAUUUGUGAUGAUGGAGCUCCUCCCAAACCUUAACUGCUCCUAUUUCUCUUUCCGUACAUAAUGCCUGCCCUGCUGACUGUUUCCAGUAUUGUUUCAAUAGGCUACAGGUUGCCAAACUAAUAGGGACUAUUUCAGUAAUUCAACCAGCCUCAUUAUUAAAAGUAAAAUUUAUUAAGAAUAGACCUUUCCCCCUCAACCCCACCACACAAAGAAAAUGCCUGUGUGCCUACUGUCGGCACCAUUCUUUGCCAAUCUGCCCAGGAUUUCAGACCUUUCUUCCUCUGCCGUCCACCCAGAAACACGCUCCCACUGCUGCUCGCACUAUUAUUGCAGCAUCUGUUAAUUCAUUGCAACUAUCCACUGUAACUGUAAUACUCCGUAAGGUUGUUGCUUGUAUUGUGGUUUAUUCUUUUAAGAGUUACACUGGUAAACUUGAUAACACUGUUCUGUGAAUCUCAGAUUUGAAGUUCUUGCUUUUCAAGUGACUUUCAUGAAUGGGUUUAAGGCAAUUUGCAAUGCAAUUUUUUGGCCAAAAUAUGGCCUGGAGCAAUUUCUAUUGUGAUGAACUAUUCUUAGUUGAUAAAGUGCAUAAAGUACUGCCCUGCUGUAAUCUAUUGUCCUUUCUCAAAAAAGUUUAGAUAGACCUUCACUUUAUACUAUUUUGCUGAACCAAGAAACAGUUUUGUUUUAGACCUUGCUAAAAGGACUUUUUUUUCCAAAUUGGGAUUUAUGCUCUUUAUUCUGCCACAUUCAAAGCUGUGGAUAUGUUAGUUGAUUGAAAACUGAAUUCUACAAGAAUAUUUGAAUUAAUUCUGCAUUUUAAUAUUAGCAGUAAACUAAUUUCAAUACCACCAUCAUUAAAUACUUUUCAAUUUUACAGGAAUGGUAUUUUGAUUUAGGUAACUGACUUGGUAUGUUUUUGCCCUUUUUUCUCAGUAACAUUACAAAACCAAAUGCUAAAAAUCUUAUUCUGGUGAACUUCAAACUAUCGAUCAUUUAAAAUCGAUAACUGACAGUUACAGAUACUGUCAUUUCGUUUCUAACAUAUUUCUCAAAUGUGCUUGAACCAGUUUUCCUCUUCUUUCCUUAUGAAAUACUCAGCUUGUAUUUCAAGUUGCACUACAGGUCUUUUUAAGGCAAAAAUAAAACAUCAGCACUAACAGUACUGUAUGCCAGCAUUUCAUCUCUAUGACAUUUGCAGAGAGGGGUGCAACAAUGCAAUAAAAUACAAGGGUAUCCAUCGGUAACAACUUCUGUCAUGCAAGAUUAUUGAAAGGGAGCUAAGAAUAUUUGUUAAGAUAUAAGACAGAACC